CGUCACAUCCGAGAAAACCAAGAUGGAUGCCUCCUGGUAGGCAUUUGUUGUAGUUGUUCCUCUCGUAGUAAAUGUCCUCAAAUAUGAUGCCCAGCACAAAAGCAAUUUUGAAACGGAAAAACUACAUCCAAGGUUGUUGUGUGAUCUUGAAGGGGGCAUUUACCAAAAUGCCGAUCCAGCGUGUGCCGCUAGUCUUGUUAGCCUGUGGCUCCUUCAAUCCCAUCACCAACCAGCACAUGAGGCUGUUUGAGCUGGCCAGAGACUACCUUCACAGCACAGGCCAGUACCAGGUGGUGGGUGGCAUUGUGUCUCCUGUCAGUGACAGCUAUGGGAAGCAAGGCCUGGUGCUGGCAAAGCACAGGAUCGCUAUGGCAAAGCUUGCACUGCAGAGCUCAAACUGGGUCACGGUCGACGAAUGGGAGAGCCAGCAACCUGACUGGACUGAAACGGUGGUCACCAUGAGGUAUCAUUAUGGUCGUAUUCUAAAGGAAUAUGAAGAGAGCACACAUGAAGACUUCAAUGGAAGCAGCAGCCAUCCUCAAAGCUUACGGAGUCAGCAUGAAGGAUUUGUGUCCGUGUAAUGUGCUGUAACACGUGCAGAGUAAAAGUCUCCAGCAUGUAUUAGGGAUUGUUUAAAUAGGCUCCUUUUUAAAGGGGAACAGCACCCUUUCUUGGAAUUUUGCCCGUCAUUCACAAUCCUUAUGUGGAAACAUGAACACAUAAAGUAUUUCCUCCCCUUUCCUUACCGAGGACCCCUGUUUUAAAAUCUUAAGGUGCCACCGUGUUUGCUCCAUCUGGCGUUAGAUGCAUGGAGUAAGAAUCCAAUACUUUCAUUCCCUUUGCUUUGUGCUGCCAUAUUGACUAUUUUUUAGGCCUGAGCUGUGUUUUGCUAACAUUUUUUGUACAUUUCAGAUUAGAAAAAAGGGCUGCCCUUUAAUGAAACCUGAAUGAAGCUCUGAAUGGGACAUUGUUCACUAAUAUUACAUUGCUCAAGUCAGUGAUUUUCAACCACUGUGCCGCCGCACACUAGUGUACCUCGAGAAACCGUCAGAUGUGCCGUGAGGAAUUAUCCAAUAUCACUUUUUAUAAUUAACAUUUAUUAAUCAUCAUUUGUAAAUAUUAUGUCAAUAGCCAUUAUGUCAAUAGUAUACAUGGACCCAAAUAUUCCAAUUCACUUUGGUUUAUUGAAUUGAACAGGGAUGGAAUAUUCCUUUAACCAAUCCGAUUGAGGUAUCUUGUACCCGUUCAAACGGAAAGUUGUCAGGGUGCCUUCUUCUUCCUGGUGUUUUUCUUCUUCUGUUGUUUAUUGGCAGUUGGCAAGCAGCUUUCGUAUGCAUUAGCGCCAUCUGUGAAACAGAAUCUAAACCCUUCUAUACGCCAUUCACAAGUGCAGUUUUAUUAAAAAACAAAAUAUGUAUCUAUAUAAAACAUGUCCUGAGUUUAAUUAUAAAAUAUUAGCAAGAUUGAAUUUGAUCUUUUCCUGUUUAAAUUGAUCCCGGGUGCGUUCUUUCAGCGCAUGCUCAGAUAUGACGUAACACGCAGAUCCAGACGUUCUUCACUUUUAAAAAUGGAGGCCAGCAAUCGGCACUGGACUAAGCAAAGUUUGUUUUGGAUUCAAACUAAAUUUCAAGACUGGACAGACGAAAAACUGGCAAUACGGAGUUAUUCCAACAAGUGAAAGAAAAACUUGGGGAAGCCGGUAUCACGUGAUGUUGAUGUUUACGUUUUACUGGGCAUGCCCUAUUGACUAUUCUGGUUGAUUUUCACGGCGCAUGUAGACAAGAGAUUGGAAUAUUCCUUUCCAUGGAUACCAUUGUUUCCCGAAAGGUCAUUGGGAAAGAGAAAAAGUGGUGAUGUAAAAACGUGGCUACUGUGGAGUGUCUGUGGUGUAAAGACUGGCAGAGCAAUGUAAUAUUGGUCCGUGUGGCAACACCUACCUUGUUCCUCCCAUAGACUUAUUGAUGCACGUGUGAGGUCGUGGUGACAUUUUGGAACAUUUUUGGUUAGUGGUGUGCCACAAGAUUUUUACAAUGUAAAAAACGUGCCGUGGCUCAAAAAAGGUUGAAAAACACUGUCUCAAAUGAUUAUGUACUCUCCUGAAUGGGCUUCGCUAUGCAUGUUGCACUUUGUA